GGUGGGCGGCCCGGUGCGCCCGUGGGGGCCUGCGGCGGGAGGGAGCGAGCCGCCUCGGCACCGCCGCGGAGGGCUGAGCAGGUAACAUGCACUUGUAAAAGAGACGGAGCAGUUCCUUUUUAAGACUGACCCCUCCCAAGACCAUGUUUUCUGUAAGAUCUCAGCUGCCCAUGAAAGCAGUUGUUGGAUGUGAUUUGUGGCUGAGUGCUACGCACCAAGAAACAGCAGGUUAAGAACUGUUAAGGAACUUGGAGUAGCUGGUAACUGCGUGUCAGGAUGGCAACGUCAAACCUGGAGAACCAGCUACAGAGUGCCCAGAAGAAUCUGUUGUUUCUCCAGCGAGAACAUGCCAACACCCUGAAAGGCCUGCACGCUGAGAUUCGACGCCUGCAGCAGCACUGCACAGAUUUAACCUAUGAGCUGACUGUAAAGAGUUCAGACUUGUCAGGAAAUGGUAGUUCAAGAAGUGAUGAACUCAAAAGAAAGUGUGAAGAUCUUGAAGCUCAGCUGAAAGUUAAAGAGGCUGAAAAUAAUGAAUUAUUGAAAGAACUUGAACAAAAGAAUGCGAUGAUAAUGGUGCUGGAAAACACUAUUAAAGAAAGAGAAAAGAAGUAUUUGGAAGAGUUAAAAAUGAAAAGCCAUAAGCUCAAUAUGUUGUCAAGUGAACUAGAGCAGAGAGCGAGCACUAUUGCUUAUUUAACUUCUCAGCUGCACGCUACUAAGAAGAAGCUGAUGAGUUCGAGUGGGACUUCGGAGGGGACCCCUUCUGGCAGUCCCGUGUUGUCCAGCUAUAAGCCGUCCCCUCCUAAAGAUAAACUGCCGGAGACUCCACGGCGCAGAAUGAAGAAGAGUCUGUCAACACCACUCAACCCCGAGUUUGAAGAGGCCUACAGAAUAGGGUCGGAUAGCCGGAAGCUGCUGUUAAGAGAGCCUGUGGAUGCCAUGCCUGAUCCCACUCCGUUUCUGUUGGCCAGGGAAACGGCGGAGGUACAUCUUAUUAAGGAGAGGCCGUUAGUUAUUCCACCUAUUGCUUCAGAUCGUGCAGCCGGUGAAUCGCACAGCCCAGCCCGAGAGAAGCCGCACAAGGCACACAUUGGGGUGGCGCAUCGCAUCCACCAUGUCACGCCAUCCCAGCCUCAGCCGGAGGUUGAAACGCUGGCAGUGGAUCAGGUCCAUGGAAGCAAAGUGGUCAGAAAGCACUCAGGGACAGACAGAACUGUUUGAGGAAAACCACUGAAAGGCUCUACUCUGUUGCUGUUUAUGCACUGUGAUCCUGUAGGAGAAAUAGCACCUGCAGUAAAGUUUCUUUUGAUGCCCCAUGCAUGCCAAACUUCUUCCAGAUAUGUCAUUAAUAGAUUAUGCUCCUCUAACGAAACCUAAUAGGACUGUGUUCAUAUGGCAAGGUAUAUAACUACUAAAUGCUGUGGCCAAAUCAGGGGUACCUGACCGCUUGCUUCUGAGCACUGCUCCAUUUAUUGUAACUACACGUGUGGACAAAGGCACAGGCUGCGUUAUUAAUCAAUAUUAGUGAAAACAAACUUAACUAUAAACCUGCAGCAAUAUGUAUUGGCUGUUAACAUUUGAACUAUCAGUGGUUCUUUUGUCUUCACUGUGUACGUAAGCACUUCAUACACAAACACUAACCUCUGUGACAAAGCCUUUCUCACAGUAGCGUUGAAAAUAGUGCAGAUGUACGUACACUUCAGAAUGAGCUAAGGACAUCUUUUCCUUCACAUGCAUGUGGUCUUGAUGAUUGCAAAUUGGGUUCCUCGUUUCUCUUUCUGAAAAUCCUGAGAGUCCCAGCAAACAUUACUUGAUUAAUCCUAAAUACUUUGGUUUGUGGCUUUAAGUA